UGUUUUCAUCCAUACUGCACGCCCCUUGUACGACGACUCUCCGAGAACAAGGUUUUCCUAUGUUCAAACGAGAAGCAUCGAAACGAGCAGAAAGACUCAUCGAACUUCUCCGGAAGGAAAGUAACUUGAACUGGAUCGCACGCCGCACAUUUGCUGUGUACGCCGUUGGGAGCGGCUGGACCGGAGCGUUCGGAAACGGUCGUUUCGACCAAGAGAUUUCCGGCCACAACGACGAGGAAGAGGCUGGAUCUCCCCUGAAAAUAUAUGAUGGUUCUGUAAAGGAUAUUUCUCUCGGAUGGGGACACACCGCGAUCCUGACGGAGGAUAGGCGCCUUUUACUCGCUGGUCGACCACACGAUUUUUCUGUUCUUUUAAGGCUCCGUCGUUUGCCGCUUUGGGUACGAAACUAUGCAAUAAACAGCUCGAUUAACGAAUUUCGAGGAUUGGAUUCCAGAAGCGUGCAUCCAAUUGCACUAAUUGGUCGACUUAUUACUUGGCUAGCAAUUCGAUUCAAAUAUCCUACCACUGAACUUGAAGCUGCUCGUCGACAUUCCAUUUUUCCUGAGCUAGCUGAAAUAGCUCUUCCAGAUAGCGAGGUUCCUUCUUCCGUGUCGUGCUCUGCUGCAUUGACGGCAAUCGUAACGGAAUCAGGAAAAGUGUACGCGUUUGGCUUGAACGGCUUUGGGCAGUGCGGUAUUGGCAUGACCUCGAACCAUGUUUGGAAUCCGUCGUCGCCUUUGAGAGGCCUGACAUCCGAAUUUGCCAAUCAGCCUCGGGGGGAAAUGGAACAGUCAUACCCAGUUGUAGACGUUGCCCUAGGACUACAGCACGGAAUUUGUCUAAAUGAAGUUGGUGAGGUCUUUUGCUGGGGUAAAGGUGAACGUGGUCAACUGGGACAGGGCCUGAUAACGACCGAGGCGCAUACCGCCCUACCAGUGAAGAGAGCAUUUACACUGGGCGAGAAAAUGAAACCCCAAUAUCAGACCAUCGGUCAAGUGACGCAGAUUGAUGCUGGAAUGAUCCACUGCGCGGCACUGACCAAGGACAAUGAGGUCUUAAUAUGGGGCAAGCACGUUUUACCUUUGCUUCCAGGUGAUGAAAACAAAAAAGUCAGUUCGGAUGCUAGGCUACCUUAUAUUUUGCCAGGACUUCCAAAAGGAGUACGAGUGGAAAGAAUAGCGUGUGGAUCUCACCAUACCGCAAUUCUUCUGGACGACGGCAGUGUCUACGCGGCCGGAAUUGCAACUCAUACCAAGGAGCCGAUUCACGAGGCCGUCCAAAUUUUGCCACCCGGUGUUGUGAAUCGACCGGUGCGGCAAUUUGAUGCUCACAUGGAUCGUACUACUAUUGUGGGUGCGGAUGGACGACAAGUACUACAACUUCAUUUAUGGAAGGACGAGGAAUUGCGUGAGUUCGCUGCUUUCACACCUGCUUGGGUCGAUCACAUUUUGGACGAGAACCCCUUUGCAAAAAUCAGCAUGAUCCAUCGAAGCUGGAUACACUCCGUCGUUGUCACAGAAGAACAGAUAGAAUGA